AUGGCCAUCACAUCUCCCCCUCUGCUAUUGCUAUGCAUAUACCUGGCAGCCAUCAGCGGGGUCCGCUCAGAGGGCGUCUGUCUCCAAGACGGCAAGCACAAGGCCACGCCCGGUCCAGAGCCAAACCUAUCUGAGUGUGGGCUGUACGCCGACAACAGCUGCUGCACUGAAGAAGAUAUCCAGGAUAUUGCUUAUGUUCCCUCUGACAGCAAUAAGAAUGAACCAUGGGACAAGUGUGGCCCUCUGAGCCCUGAGUGCGAAGGCUAUCUGAAGCGCGUGUCGUGUUUUUACCGCUGCUCCCCUGACGCCUCCCGCUGGCCUCAUCCUCACCGCCGCUCAUACAUCCAGGCGGUGCCACUCUGCCACAGCUUCUGCCGCGACUGGUUUGAUGCCUGUAGGAUGGAUAUGACGUGUGCUCGGAACUGGGCCAGAGACCCCAGGGGACAGAACUGCACUGGGACCUGUGUUCAGUAUCAGCAGAUGUAUCAGCAUGGCAGGGAUCUGUGCGAGAGCCUUUGGGGCGACGCCUUUAUGACCGUAGAAGACGACCAGCAGGAAGUGGGAGAGGCAGGAGAGACUGUUGGGGAGGGCCGUCCCUGUGGCUGCCUGACCCUUAGUCCCUCAGAUAAGGAUGUGAUCGCAGCCCUCCGGGCCCAGCAGGAUGACCCCGAGGAGCUGGACACCACCAAGACCGGCCUGCCUCAGUACCGCGCUCCCUGCAAGGCCAAGAUGCCGAUGCAGACCAAGAGUGGCAGGAGGGCAAACUCUGUGCUCCGCAAGCGCUCAGUGGAGAUAGAGGAUGUGGAGGGGAGUGGGAGCGGUUUGUAGAUCCUGUUAAAUGUUCAUCUAGGUAAAGAUAUGGCUCCAGUUUCCAAUGCAUUCAACUGUCAAAAUAAAGUCUUCACCUUGUUCCUCUUAAUAGACUUACCACACUGAUACAUAGAUAAUUGAAGGCUUUAAUGCAAUUUUUGGACAGUUUUCCCUCAACAUGAAGGCAUGCCCUUCUCUGCUUGGGCUAAAUUCUGCAAUACAUGAAUCCAAUAAAUCAUUCUUUAUUAUUAAAAGCAACUUCAAACAUGAUUUACAUGCCCAUAAACCUACAUUCUAAUGUUUCUCAGACAUCUAGCUGACUUUAGGCUGUUCGUUACUUACUUCUUAAAUGAAGAUCUUACUGUUGUGAUUCUAUUCUGUGCAGUCUGCUCGUCAUUAAGUAGUAGAGACAGUCACUCAGUGUAGUCAUAAUUAUGAAUGUAAUCUAGGUUUUUUUGUUUGUUUUUUGACUGGAAACUGUGUUGCAUGUGAGCUGAUAGUUGGGAAGUAGCUGGAAUAUUUAGAUUUAAAAUCUACCCAGCAGGGAAAAUCCUCUGAGGCAGCGUUCAUACCACAUAAGAUGGCUCUGCUAGUUUCUGUGAGUGUUCUUUUUGUAAUUUUCUGUAGAGGUUAAAGUGCUGUUAGAUGUAAAUGUUUUUAAAAAAAAGGAGAUCUGGUUUGUCUAAAGUAUGGUGAGCUUGAUGAAAUUGGUGUUUUUGUUUUGUCUGUUUUUUUUCUCUCUCUCUUUACGUCCUGAAUAAAGACAACCGUU